CAUGUCCCAAGCUUCUGCUCCCCCAGGAUGCCUUAAUACCACAAUCAGCUGUUCUCCAAGGUUAAGGAAAUUACUUAACCCAAAAGGGCUGGCUGGGUCCUGGAAACCAGUCAUGCAGCCCACUGUUCCUCAAUAGCCCAAGGGUAGAACAAGUCAUCCACUGCCAAAUAUUUAUCUACCGGAAUAUGAGAGUGUUGUUUCUGCUGGGGGGAAUGUGGGGGGAUUGUACUUAAACCCUUAAUCAUGCCAUGAGUACUGAACUUUAUGUCUCAGUGAGAACAGCCACAGGCUUGGUCUUGGCCAAGAGCUGGAGAAGCCAAGAGCCAGGAUUGUCCAUCCAUGCUUUUCCAGCAGGGAGCAAGGCACAACCCACCCCAUGAGCAGCCUGCAGACAGCCCCACAUUAUCUUACCAAGCAGAUCCUCAGGUUGACACCAUUUAUUGCACAAUCUCUGCAGAACCCCAUGCACAAGACAGUUCGGUAAGUCACUCUGCUAAAUGUCUCCACUGAUGGAAAGAAGAUUUUCAUGACAUGUCCCCUUGAAUAGUAGGGCACCUGGCCCUGACCCUCAGGUCUGUCUUCAUGGGUCUGAUCCUUCUCCAACCAGCUCUACUUUGCUAAAAGCCCAUCUAGACAAGGACCUGCCCAGGGAGAGGGAGAAUGAGACCCCUCUCUUAUGGAGAUGACUUGCUCAUUUGGUUGCCUCAGCAGUACGUUCAUUUGGAAAACUAUUUUUACUCACCAUGAAUGACUAAGCACAUUGGUUUGGGUGCUGGUGGCUUUUUUCUUUUUCCGCUCUUUCUUGGAUUUAUUUAUUUUUAGGUUCCUUUGGGAAGGAAAAGAAGUGGAGCGCAGACUGGAAGCUUAGAGGACAGGAGACAGAGAUCAAGGGAGAGCGGGGAGAUGGGUUUUUCCCCUGCAAGCCUCAGGCUACCUUACUGCUUAUAGGGCUUAGCAACACACUGAGGAAUUUUAUAGGUGGUAUAGGAAAGAACAUUCAGGAGGCUGUGGGCUUUCUCCAUCAGAAAAACGCAGGGUCAAGUCCUAGUAAUGGUUUCCCAGAGAGCUGGAGCAGGCUUUCAUAUGGAAGACUUUCUCACGGGUCUUACAGCACUUGGUUAUGCUACAGCCCACAUGUCUCUAACAAGAUUACAGGGGAAUUGCUUUGGGGCAGGAAACACCCUUAUGUUCUAUUUGUCUCAUGCUUAGCACAAAGGGACGUGGGCCUUGACACCACAGUAAUACAGAUGACUAUUCAUAGUCACUCCAGCUUUUAUUUGAAAGGAAAGUGGUCCUAAACCUUAUGGUUGAGGGCUUGCAUGCAUGACCUUGAAGGACUCCCAGAAAAUUGGAGGAGUGUUAAAACAACACAGAAUAUUGAGGGGUUUUAUUCAUUGAGCCAUUUUUUUUAAGCCUAUUGCCUGAUUUUGAAGAUUCAUAUGAAUGGUUUUAGAACUGGUGAUGCUGUAUAUAUGCUAUUGUGAUACACAGUAAUAAAUCUCUCAUUGCUCACACUUCACAUCAAGAAAGAUGAUGAAUUACCAACCCAAAGACCCAAAAGCACUCUGCAAACUAUAGGGCUGACCUGGUACGUGGAGAAGAGAAAAAGCAGCCAUGCAGCCUCCCUGAACUUUGUCUGCCGCACAGCAGGGAAUGUGUCCACCUCUGUUGAUCUGACAUUCCCCUACACCACCCUGCUGCCUCCUCUUGCCUCCUCCAGAAGCCCUCUUUGACCUUUUCCUCUGCUCACUCUCCAUCCCUGCCUGAUGUUAAGAAGAGGAGGAGCCCUACCUACACAACUUUCCCCAGGCAAAUGAACAGCAGGCUCAUCAGCAGCUCCUAUGAUAGGCACCAAUCUGCAUCCAAGGAGUUUCGUUGCUCCUCCUGAACCAGCUCUGCACAGGUGCGAGUUGCCUGGGAUUGUCCAAGCCCUUCAGAAAAGCUGGUGGCAGGUGGCUGCAGUUCUGCCUCUCCUGCAAACCUCUUUAUCCCACAGGAGCAUCAUUCUCACCCCAGCACUGCUUCUGCUUCUUAGAAGCUUCUUGGAGAGAAACCUGGGUCUUGUCACAGGCAGAUAAUAAAACCCUCUUUACUUUGGCAGAACCCAGCAGCACUUCAGCAGUGAUAAAUCCUGAACCAGAUGCAAUUUGUCCUUUUCUAACCAGCACAGGUUGGUUAAAGGACAGCGGGAUUAAACCGGCUUUGUAGAGACUGGACCCUCUCCAGUCUGGGCAUCCUGCGGAUGUGCAAGAAGUCCCCUCGCAUCACACCAACCCAUGGGGAUGAACACAGGGUGUGUGCACCUACACAGGAGCCAAACCUGCCUGUGAACAGCUGAAUAAAUUACCAUCUUUAUUUCUUAGGUCAGCACUUUGUGGGUAGGCUUAAGGCAAUGCCAGAGGAUUUCCCUUCCCCUGCAGGUACUGCUUGCACAAACUUCUGUUUGACCCAGCCUGCUUCCAGUGCUCUGGGACUCCCCUGCUCCCCUUCCUUAGAGCCACAGCAGAACCAGCUGCUGCCUCAAGGCCACCUGAGCUGGGCCGGGCUCUGCCACUUGCAUGACACAGCGUGUCCUCACAUCCUCACCCUCCCGGUGCCACAGCUGCAUCCUCCUGAAUGACCUGCAAGCUCUCCCUGCGUGGCACCAGCUGCUCUCCAGCAUCACAUCCCAUGGGGGAUGCUACCACAGCACCCCAGAAUUGGAUUUCCAUGCAGCUCCCAGAGUAGCUGGCAAAGGGAGGCAGCAAGCACUUCCCUGAUUCUGUGCCAAGCCCAGGCACGGCCAAAUCCUCCUGCGCUUGUCCAUCCUUCAUGACAUCCCAACCUCCCUCCCCUAAAGCAGCCGCAUGCCCUGCAUCCUGCUUCCAGGGUGCUCCCGCCCCUGCCCACACUGGGAUUUGUUCAGUGCAGACAGGAUUUAUCACACCACACGCAGGAUUUAUCCCCUUUCCAUUCAUCCCCCACGACCGCUGUGCUGCUGUCACCUCCCCUUGUCGCGCAGUCCCAAUCGUCCCCACACGCCCGUGCCACUCUUCCUUUAGGUUUUCACCGAGCCUAUGGGAACAAACACGCAGCGAGUCCCCACUGCAAAGGUCUCUGUGAGUGACGCAGGGGACAGUCGGGCAGAGCAUCCCCUCCAGAAGACCAGGGAAGCCGCUCGGCCGGGGCCCAGAAGAUGCCCUUCUCCAGUAAGGCAUUACCAGGAUGCUCCAAGCAGGAGGUGACGUCCCGGUGGGGCUGAGACACGGAGGAGCUCUCCUGCGUGGAGCAUGUUCGGGGGGGAAGAAAGGGGCUGCAGGCUGAUCUUCCCAUUCCCUAACACCCCCACUGCCCACCGCUAGUCCAUGGGUGCCCUCCCUCCCCCCUCCUUCCGCAACUCCAGCGCCGAGGAAGCCGAGCCGGAGGCAGUGCUGAGCCGGAUACGCAGCGACUUCCCGCAUCCCUCCUUGUGAGUAUCCCUCGCUCCUCCUGAUGCCUUCGGAGGAGACGGAUGGACGGACGGACGAGCAGCCAGAGGGCAGAGCGCGGUGACUCCGCGGCAGCCACCACGGAGAGGACACAGGAUCCCCCCUUGGGCCCGCCGUGCCCUUUCGAAGGGGUGGCCUGGACCCCGCGCCACCCCCAGGACCCCCCCCAGGGCUGCUUUGCCUGCAUCGCCAAGCCCCCGGCUCUCCGGCAAGCUUCGCCGGUCCUGUCUCCUUCUUCUGCCGUUUAUCUCAUGGAGAGCAAGAGCUGCAAAGGGGACAGCCUGCGACCGGCGGUCCCGUGCAAGCACUCGGUGGAGAAAAAGACGAUGACCAACCCCACCACUGUCAUUGAAAUCUACCCUGACACCACCGAGGUGAACGACUACUAUCUCUGGUCCAUCUUCAACUUUGUAUACCUCAACUUCUGCUGCCUCGGCUUCAUCGCCUUGGCCUAUUCACUGAAAGCCCGGGACAAGAAACUCCUCAAUGACUUAAAUGGAGCUGUUGAAGAUGCCAAGACAGCCCGUCUUUUUAACAUCACCAGCUCAGCCCUUGCCACUUUCUGUAUAAUCCUUAUCUUCAUCUUCCUGCGAUACCCCCUCACUGAUUACUAGAGUGAGGCCAACAGCAGUGGCCACCGCCAAAAUGCCUCUAUGCCAGAAGUGUCUGCAGUUGUUUCUUGUAGUAAGGGCGCAAAAGAAUAAAAACAAUACUCCACCUUGAUUGCAAAAAA